AUGUGGGAGGUAGGAUCUUUGAGGCUGGCGGAAAGCACUGCUGCCGCUGCGAGCUGGAAACUACUGAAUGGGAAUCUAUCCGGCAACUUCAGCAGACCGCUGUCUCACGGCGACACGGGGGCUCUGCGUAAAAGCGAGCGGCGCGUCUCCAAGUCUGGGUCAGCCCAACUCACAGACGGAGAGGACGCUCAAGUUGGAUCGGGCGGGCGGCUUUUCACUUGUUAUCGGCGCUCGGCUCCCACUAACAUGCCUGCCAUCAAAAAGGAGAGGCUGGAUGGAGACGACAUGGCAUUGACUGCCUUUAACCAGUCCGAAUACCUGGCCCCUUUAAAUGCCACCGCUAUCCCCGUGGUGACCCCGCAUCCGCCGCCCUACGACCACAUUUUCGCCCAUCACCGCGCGUACUUGGGGCUCCACGACUCGGCGCUGCAUCACCAGCAUCUCCACCAUCACACGGACGACUUAAUGCUGGAGAGGUUCUCCUCCAUCCCCGACUUUCAGCCCUUCUUCGACAACGGGGAGCCGUGCAUCGAGGUGGAGUGCGGGGAAAACAAGGCUUUGCUUUAUAUCAAUAAACUGUGUCAAGGUAGUAAAGGACCUUCAAUUAAAUACAGGGGCGAGUGGCUCACCCCCAAUGAGUUCCAGUUUGUCAGUGGACGAGAGACUGCCAAAGACUGGAAACGGAGUAUAAGACACAAAGGGAAAAGUCUCAAGACUCUCAUGUCCAAAGGAAUCUUACAGGUGCACCCUCCAAUCUGUGAUUGUCCUGGUUGUCGAAUUUCAUCUCCAGUGAAUCGUGGACGCUUGGCUGAGAAACGCACCAUCCCCCUUCCCCCCAACCGGGUGCCCAAGAAGGAGCUGGCCUCCAUCUUCAGCAGUGACGACAGUGAAGGCAGCGAGCGGGCCAGUGGGGAUCAUGCCCUCAUCAAACAAGAGGACGAGCUGCAUUACAGUAUCAUGAGAAAGAGUCGUGACAGUGACCUCUCUACAAUCAUCUCCAACCUGCACCACACCAGACAGCACGGCAUGCCCGAGGGCCAGUCAGCCUCUGACCACAACACCGGUACUGGACACACAGAUGCCCUUCUAGGCAAGAGGAGAAGCUUUUCUCCCAACAGCAGCAGCGAGUGUCCCUCUGACAGCAAGAAGUCACGUAGCAUAUCCCCCAAAGAAAACUCCCAGAGUCCGAUAGUGGAGGCAGGCGGCAGCCACGGCCACAUGAGCCCUGAGGAGCACUACAGGCGCAUGAUGUCAGCGCUCAGUGAGCAAGGGUCCUAUGAGGAGCAGCAGCAACGCCUCUACCAGCUGGCAAGCAGCAUGGGUCUGCCUGGCCACGACAUGCUGCGUGCUCGUCAGGAGGCGCUGGCUGCAGCAGUGAGGAAUCCAGUGGCCUUAGAAACUCACCUGCCCUCAGCAGGCAGCUCCUCUUCGUCCAGCCAGAGACGCAAGCAGGGUCUGCCACAGCACCGGGACGCACAUUAUACCGACAGAGAACUGUCCCACCCUCCGCCGCUACUGUCCCCUCCAACUGCCCCUCACAUCGCCUUAGGACCUCACCUGCGGCCUCCUUUCCUGGGCAUGCCCUCUGCUCUGUGCCAGGCCCCUGGGUAUGGUUUCCUCCAACCAGCUCAAGCUGAGAUUUUUGCUCGGCAACAGGAGAUGUUGAGGAAGCAGAAUUUGGCCAGACUUGAGAUGUCAGCAGAGCUGCUGAGACAGAAGGAGUUGGAGAAUCUCCACCAGCGACAGCAGCAGCAGCAGCGUCUUCUGGGCUCCGACCCUCUGGGAGCUCUACCUCCUGGCCUGCCCCCUGACCAUCCAGCCCUGCGGAGCCUCCACGACAUCCCAGAGGGCCAUCCUCUCCGCGAGGAACUGGCCCGCCGUUCAAAUGCAAUGCUGGUGCUUCGCCACGGGGCUGCCACACCCCUCCUAACCCUUAACCACCACCAGCAACAACCAGGGGCGUCCUCCACACCCAAAGACACCCAGGCACAGAGCUCCACUGCUGGGCCCGAUGCUGAAUCCAGGAAGGCCCCCCGCAGGGUCCACCAGAUACAGCUCCGUGAUGGGGAUCACACAGGAGGAAGAGUGGACAGAGGAAGGGAGGGAGACAGGGAGGUGCAGGAUGAAGAGAUGAAGGACUCAGACAGUGACACAGAGAUGUAUGCAGAGAGGCAGGAGGGCAUCGGUGCCAAGUCCACUAGUAAACCCAGGGACAGGGAGAGAGACAGGGGUAAAGAGAGUGGCAGCAAGGGAGUGUGUGACAGUGCCAAGGAGGCUGGAGAGAGCUCAGGGAGGCUGAGUGCCCCUUGUAGCUCAGCAGGUACAGAGUCACCCAGUCGCCACCUCUUCACCCCUGGACUGGGCAAGGCUGAUGUUAAGUACCACCUGCCACCUGGGUUCAUGCCACCACUGCCUGCUCUUCACGCCCAGUCAUUCCCCUUUGGAUUCCCCUACGCCAACCCUUACUUUCACACGGGCUCAGUGGGAGGUCUUUUCAUGGAUGGGGAGGACUCGGGCACAGCAAACCCUGUGGAGGACAUCAGCAAGUGGAGUGUGGAGGACGUGUGUGGGUUCAUAAGCAGCCUGGCCGGAUGUGCUGAAUACGCACAGGUGUUUCGGGAGCAGGCCAUUGAUGGAGAGACAUUACCGCUGCUCACUGAGGAGCACCUGCUCAGCACCAUGGGACUAAAGCUGGGGCCCGCGCUCAAGAUCCGCUCACAGGUGGCACGUCGUGUUGGCAGGCUUUUCUACAUGACUGGAUUCCCCCUUGCGUUCCCGUUUCCGCCUUCUGCCACUCUGCGCCCCCCAGAACGGGAUCGGGGACCCCUCACAACGCCGUCUGAUACCCCUCUGCCCCUCUCUCUGUCCCUGCCCCACAGACCCACCUCCACCAGCAGCAGCUCCUCUCCCUAUAGUGGUCCCACCCCGGGGUGCUCCUCCCCCAAGCAGGAAAACGGUAAUGGCUCCACGGUGGUGGGAAGAUACGAGGCCAAAACUCCUUCGUAGGAGCUGACAGGCUGGGAUGAGGAGGGCAGACCUGUCUCAAACUAACUGGAGAGCUAAGGGAGGGGGGUAACCUGAACAAAGAGAGAUUGACGCCCUUGGGACCUUUAUGCUGAAACUUUUGGGAAAACAUUGAACUGGGGAGGAAAAAAAAAAAAAAAAAACAAAAAACAAAAAACUGGACAAUAUGGACCACAUCCGGCAAACCAAUCAGAGUCUGAGCUCCUCUGCUGUGGCUGUAGCCAAGCAGAAUCCAAAGAAACUGGGUUGGAAGGGAGACACGUGAGGAGACAGAGGAACAGAGAAAGAGGAAAAGGAGACAGCUGGUCACAGACAGCCUGCCAAAAAAAGGAGCGAAGCCCUGCCACAAAUGCGACAUUCUUCCAAGUCAGACAGUCAGACGCUAGCGGAAACCCUUCCUUCCUUCCUGGGCUGGAGGAAGCUCUGCUCACUCACUUUCUUUCUCUAGUCUAUCUCUGACUGCUCUCACCACAAGCCCUGCAGAACCCAGGAAUUAAAAAGAGACGCCUCUCCCCUCUUUUCUCUUCCUCCCUUCCCUCUGCUCGCUUGUUUCCUGACGCCAAACAGCAGCGUGGAGCUGUCUUUUUAGAGGCUGGAGUUAAAGCAUAUGCUGAGCAGCAACAGAUCUGACCAGGUCCCUCUUAUCAUUGCAACUAUGCAUUCCACUGUCCCAAUACCAAAGAUGACCGGAUGUGUGGAAUUCGAACCAUGUUUCACAAUGUGUCUGCUUCUUUUUGCAUUAAUAGUCUCAGAGAAAGACUGGUCCAACAGGGGAAUGCUAGGCUAGUGCCUCACAUGAUGGACUCUAUUUGGUCUGACACAGGUAGAGCUGUCAUUUCCUGACAUACAAAGGCUUAAAAAUGUUGGUGAAACGGAGAAGAAGUCUAUGGUGUGUACGGCUUAUGUUAUUGUACGCUUGUGUUAACUACUGUGGGAGGUAGGAAAAACAUGAAAAAUUGUACAGAAUCAUGCUUAAGAUGAAAAUAUCUUGAAGGUUACAUACGUGGUACUUUUACUUUUUGUUAAAUGUAGUUGCACGAAUAAGGUUUUCUUUACUGAAAAAUGUGACUUGCUGAACUUUGGUGGUACUUCUGUUCAUACUUCUGUUCUGCCAUUUUUUUUAAAAAAAGUGUAAUAUUAAAAGAUGCUCCAAUCUUGAAUGCUACUUCAGCAUAUAAAUGAGGAAAAAAAAUAUUUAUAGGACUUUUGAUGUAGUAGAUAAAGCAGAUUAUGAUAUGUAUUAUAAUUAGCCCUUCAGAUGGAUUCCAAAGAUACUUUUACUUGGUUUUCUCUUGGUUGCAGGGAAAAGAAAGGCACAAAGCUCUUAAUGCAAAUGUUUUGAAUUUGU